AUGGCGGACGAAGAGGGGUAUCUGGCGGUGUCCGGGGAGCGCAUCACGUUGCAGCGCCGCCACCACAGCGCCUCCUGUCGGGAGUUUCUGGUGCGCUGCCCGCGGCUGCAGCUGCGGUCGCUCAGCGCCGUCACUUGCUCGGUGUGGCUGGUGGCUUACGGGCUCUUCGUGCUCUGUCAGAACAGCGUGGUGCUCUCUGCUGCUAUAUUUGUCACUCUGAUUGGCUUGCUUGUGUAUCUGCACUUUGUGAAGAUUGAUCAGGAGUCCCUGCUGAUUGUUGGCUCACUUGGAAUACAGAUGACUUCAUCCUAUGCUUCUGGCAAAGAGAGUACAACCUUCAUAGAGAUGAACAAGGUAAAAGAUGUGGUCAUCAACGAAGCCAUAUAUAUGCAAAAGGUUAUCUACUAUCUGUGUAUUCUCCUUCAGGACCCUGUAGAACCUCAUGUAGUUUCUGAGGUAGUGCCACUAUUUCAGAGCUCUAAGCCACGUCUAGACUGUCUUGUGGAAGUGUACAAAAGUUGCCAAGAAAUCCUGGAGCAGAACAAGAAAUCUUGACAUCAACUUAUAAUAUGAAACCUUUAUCAAGCUAUCCACAAUGGACAGUCUCCCAGGGGAGAAGGCUGAACAGGCUGAAGAAAUAACAACAAAAGCAACAACAAACAUCAAUUCCUUUGUAAUUUCAUGCUGUUGCCAAUCUAGGGAUGCCAUCCUCCUGGUGGACCUGAAGAUCUUCCAGAAUCACAACUGAUAUCCAGACUACAGAGAUCAGUACCCCUGGAGAAAAUGGCUGGUUUGGAGAGUUGACUCUAUGGCAUAAUAAUAACAUACUUUGUAAACCACUUGGAGUGUGGCAUUAAGUUGUCCUGAAGGGCGGUAUAUACAUUUAAUGUUGUUGCUGUUAUCAUCAUCAUCCCCUACUUGAGGUCCUGUCCCUCCCCUAACUCCACCUUCCACAAGCUCUACCCCCCAAAUCUCCAGGAAUUUUCUAACCCAGAGUUGGCAUCGUUUUCUACUCCCAAGUAGUCCAUACAGCCCUAUCUGCAAAACUGCAUCUUUGCUUCACGCCAGAGGGAAAAAGCCAAUAAUCAGAUGUACACAGCAGUUACAUGAUACAUAUAAGUAACAAUGUUAGGGUUGCCAACUCCAGGUUACGAAAUUCUUGGAGAUUUGGGGGCGGGGGGAGGUGGAACCUGGAGAGGGCAAAAUUUGGGGAGAGGAGGGACCUCAGCAGGGUAUAAUGUCAUACACCCUCCAGCAGAACUGUUCUCUGUGGCCCAGAGAUCAGUCGGAUUCUGAGAGACCUCCAGCCAUUAAACAGACAAUGUGGAAAAUGUAAUGUCUUAAUUAGACCCUCAGUUUCUGCAUGGUCAUGAUUUUGCUGCUAGCCUUGGGCACGUCAUAGUCUCUCAAGCUCUACUUAAUGUGAACAUUAAGGAACUGAUUCAAGAAAACUGAGAUAAAGCCUUCAUCCUAAACUGCUUGAUUCAAUUAAUGAGCAGAAUUGUUCAGAAGGGCAUUUUAUAAAGGGAAUACUUUUCUAGUUUUAAUGUCUGAGAAAUUUUAGUAAAUUUUCAUUGCAUGUGCUAUUUUUUGCAUUGUUUUUAAUUUUGUAAUCCAUCUUUACUUCUCUGUUCUACAUAUUACUCUGUUUUUAUUCUCCAGUUUUUAAUCUUGCUUUAAUAAAUUGGUUGUUGAAUUAUGUUGGUUUUGCAUUGUUCUCUAAUUUCGCAAUCCAGUUUUAAUGACUGCAUGUGUUAUACUGUCUUUAUUACAUUGUUUUAAAGUUUUGUAAUCUGCCUGGAGCCCCAGUGGAAAAAAACAGAUUAUAAAUAAAUAUUAU